GGCCAGCGGGUGUGAGUUCAAAUCAGCUGGGCCCUGACUGGUUUCUCAUUUCUUUUGAUGUCGCUGGCGACUUUCGAAGAAAAAGUACAAGGGGUUACGGUGAAACUAGCCUUCGAUGCUCUCUGCUAAGAACCUUCUUUGGCGCUAAGCCGAGGGAGACCUAUAAUUUGAACUUACUGGGUGGAAUUUAACAGAGGUAAAAUGCUUCGAGGGAAAGCAAGCUGUACAGUGCAGCUCAGCCGAUCAAAGGCACCAAGGCAAACAAAGAACACUCAGCCUAAACCUUUUGUUCAAGAAAUCGAGCUCCUCGCAGAAGAUGAGGCCAAGUUGUUAAACAUAGGAAAGUUACUCGGCAGUGGAGGCUUUGGGAGUGUUUUCGAGGGUAAAUACAGAGGAAAAAAGGUUGCAGUUAAAAAACUGCACGUCAACUCAAAGAAUCCCCGGGCAGUUCUCCAAAGCUUCCAGGCAGAAACUUCCAUAAUGUCUUUUCGACACCCAAACAUUGUUAGGACUCUAGCAGCAACAAGUGGGGAGCUGCCUUUGGGAAGGAGAUUAAUAGUAAUGGAGUUUGCGGGGAAUAAGACGUUACGUACGAUCAUCAACUGUGAAAAAGAAGUUAUUGACGAAUCGCGUCGGUUGAAAUUCGCGUGUCAUUUGUGUAGCGCGUUGGAGUUUAUACAUGAGCGCGAGAUUGCCCAUUUAGAUGUAAAACCGGCUAAUAUUUUAGUAGACGAUCAUGACCUUUGUAAAUUGAGCGAUUUUGGCUGCAGCCAGGUAGUUGGAGACAGUGACGAGAACCUACCUGUCAGUCCAACAUAUUCCUACCUGACCGGGACAUUCGCGUACCGCGCACCAGAGCUCUUAAAAGGGGAAACUCCUACUACACAGGCCGAUGUGUACUCAAUGGGGAUAUGCCUAUGGCAGUUAUUAACACGAGAGCAGCCCUACGGGUCUGAAAAUUUAUAUGUUGUGGUUUUUGGAGUCGUCGCGUAUAACUUGAGACCGUGUGUGCCGUCAACAGAACAAGAGAGUUUAAAGCGUUAUGAAAACUUAGUUGAACAGUUGUGGCAACCGAAUCCUGCUUCUAGACCUACAGCUCGUGUAUCGAUGGAGGUACUAAGAUCUUUAUCUUCUAGCUAGAGAGAGGUUUUCGCUGGAUAUCAACUGUGCAGUUUCGUAUAGAAUUUUUCAUUGUUGAUGUCACGAUGGUAUCCUAUGGUCGUAUUCAGUCAGCCGCAAAACGUUUUAAUCGUUUUAGUACUCUAUCUCGUGGUCGCAGAAGUUCUGAUUGCUGUUUUACUCGUAAGGAUAUGAUUGAAUCGAUCAUUUAAAGAAUGAAAUUUUGAGAAUCUUGUUAAAGGGGGAUUUGCAUAGAAACACAAGUCGACUGGCACAAAGGCUUUCUUUCAUUUAUGCAAAUGCAGCCCUAGUAUUUUCACAAAGAGAGAUUAUUUGCUUUGGGAUAUUCAGCAUCCGAACUAUAAAAUCAUUAGCUAAAAACUACGAUUUUCUAUUUAUUCGCUUUUUCAGAACAUGCGGGAUUAUGAAAGCGAGUAUUUCGAGCAUAAAAUUAGUAAUGUGGUCAUCUAUUAAAAGUUGCACAAUAUCAAUUGUUGGCCGAGUCUAAAAAUAAACUUACUCUUUAUGAAUACAUAAGGUUUCCUUUUAUAGAACCUCGGUGGUUCAUCGACACUGCAUUCUCAAUUUGAAUCUGAGAAUUUGGAACGGGAACAUAUGCUUUUAGGACUAUAAUAGCUUCACAAAUCAUGGCCACAUUUAAAGCGGUAUAAAAAGGACACUAACUAAUAUUAAUAUUUAUAUAGAAUUUAUAUGAUCGUUUUUACUGCUUUAAAAAAGAGAUUAUUCUUAAAAAAAACUCUCUUUUUAAGCUUUGCUAGCUAUAGUUAGGAUUUAUCAUUUUACAUGUUAGAUUUAAAUAAAAACAAACGCAUUCGCAGCUUUACAAAUCAAUAAAAAAGUUAAACGCCAA